AUGUUGACAAUUCAAAUCUCAAAAGAAAAUAGAACUGAUGACGCAAAAGUGGAGGAGGUGGAGGCGGCCCCGCGCGCCGGCCCCGCCGCCGCCCCCAUGGUGGACAGCACGGGCGCGGGCCCCGCGGGCGCCGUGGGCGGCCCCGCGGGCGCUGGCGCUGGCGCGGGCGCCGCCGCCGCCGCAGCCUCAGCGGCCGCCGCCGCGGACAGCGAGUCGUCGGCCGCCGCCAGCGCCGCGCUCAGCCUGGCCACGUCGCGCGACGACGACGACGCCGACGAGGAGGAGGACGAGGAGGCCGGCGACAGCAGCAAGCGCGACAGCGUCGCCUCCUCCGACAAGAGCCCCGGCCAGAGUCCCGACCUGUCGGUCGUCGCCCCCAUUGCCCCGACCUCACGGUCGACACCUCAGCGUCCCGACAUCAUGUUCAUCACCCCAAAGUCCCGGCCUAAAGGUCGUCGACCCAUAGACCCGACCUCACGGUCGUCACCCCAUAGUCAGGACCUCACGGUCGUCGGCCCAUAG